AUGUUUCAACGUUUUAACCAGAGUAUUGCUGCUGUUAUAAAACCACCAGUUCAGGAUGUUGUCCAGUUCUUAAAAGAACAUAUCCAGCACGAUAUAAGAUGUAUAGCACAAUGUACUGGUAAAAAUGAUGACGAGGCGGUGCAAAUAAUCCAUCUAUUGCUUGUUCGUAUUGUAAGCGACCUGGAUCAGCAAGGAGGUACGUUUGAUCGUAUAGAUACGUAACUAAUUCCACUGGUCUGUGACUAAUACACAAAUUUGUUGCAAUUAAUAUAUAAUUACAUUUAGAAUGUACGAAAGAUUUAGAAUUUGGAAUGAUGGCCUAUCAAGAUAUGAUGUUCUGGAAACUAAAGCCCUGUUUAAACGGAUCCAACAUUGUUGGGCCAACAUCAUCCAACAUUGUUGAAAUAAUGGCUCAAACGGCUUCUUUUUCAAAUAUUUUGUCAAGACUAGGUUUAGGGUUUGAGUAAAGCUUAUCUAACCAAAAAGAUUUGAAAGAGAAGCAGUCAUAUCUAGUAUAGUAACAUUGUUGGAUGAUGUUGGUCCAACAAUGUUGGAUCCGUUUAAACAGGCCUUAAGCAGAAGUCAUUGUUUUUGUCUGAGUUUAUGUUAAUUUGUGCACGGUCACAGUCUGUGAUUGAGCUCAUAGUAUUUUCGUAUAAUGAUAAUGGGGAUAUAGCCGCGAGGUGAAAAGUGCAACCUGCACGUUGAAUAAUGUUUAAUAAAGUUGAAACAAAGGAUUUGUGCAUGGCGAGGUACAGUUCAACAUCAAACAAAGGUCUUCUGUUUUGUAGCUUUGAAGUUUACCAGGCUUCCAGACCGUCAUAUCUUGACAUACUAUUUUGGUAUCAAGCAUGUCCUGUGAAAGUCAAAACCCAAAACUGCAAAACUACGGCCUCUAAGCCUGAAAAGCCCAAUGGACUUGUUCUGGUCUCGUCGAAAUUCCUUAAAUUUCCUCUUUGUUCGUUGCAUUUUGCAAAAGAUAACUGAUGUCCUCAUUCUAUACAUAUGCUCGUAUACCUUUGUGCUUUUUGCGCUUAAAGGUGGAGGUUUUGAGUUUCGACUUUGAACUGACAAGCUUAAUUGAAUUAGUAACUCGUAUAAUAUUUUUCUUGACAACAAUCAUAACUUCUUAGGUCGCUAAGAAUAAUUUACCAUGAUAUGAUGAUUGUAUGCGAGAAAUAUCAAAAAGGCAGGCAUCAUAUCCAAGAUUACUGAGUUUUGCUGUGCCUGCUCUCUAACUAAGAACUUUAUUGUAGAGAACCUAGUAAAUAUUGAUGGCAACCUGACCACCAAGGAUUCAAGAACAGCUUGGGAGGAUAAAUUUAUGACUACGUAUUUGAAUCCUGUUCUUUCCGUAAGUUUUUACAUCGCAGGAUCAGAUAUGAUAGUGUUUACAUACAAUGUAAUUUUUACAAAGUUUUUAUAAUUAUGUAUUCGUACCAGGAUAAUUGGCAAAAAAAGUAAUGCUUCCUUCUGGAAAGUAGGUAUAGCCUUGGCUGUGAGCCUUGUUUUCGUGAUUCAAAGCUCGGCUUUUGAAUGUCAGGUGUAAAUGACGUACGUAAAUUAUGUACAGACACAUCCAGAAGCAUCUGCGAAAAAUCUGGCAGGAAUCUAACGUGCGAUUCUGGUGCAGUGCUCUAACCAACUGAACUACAAAGUCCAGUUACCAAGCAUUAAACAUAUCUGUAUCUAAAAGUGUAUUUAAUUUAUACUCGAAAUUUCUAUAUACAAAAACCCUUCAACGAAAACGUACCUCUUUGGGCAAGGCAAGGCAAGGCAAGCAAGUACUUCUCGGAAGGGUGCGUUGCAUUCGUACAAUUGAUUGUGUGGAAGAAUUUUGAUUGUGUAGAAGAAUUCUAGCAAUUCUACUGAUCUUGCAUGAUGGUAAGUGCUGUAAUAUGCUAAUGCAUAUUCUAUACAUGUACCUGUUUGUGAAAAAUAUUUUCAGAAAAAAAUCUACUUGUUUAAAAGUAGCAAUAGGAAGAUUCCAGAUGCAAAACGUAAUUUACAGUAGAAGUGAAUGAAAGAAUGAAAUGCUCUUUAAAAGGCAUGACAAAAGGGGAAAAACAAAAACAUGAUUUCUUCAAAAUGAAGUUCAAUUGGAUAUUAUCUUGAACGGUUUGUGCCAGUGUAUGUAGGGCCAAUAAUAAGCUUCGGGUUGAUAGGGAUGCAGCUACCUGAAAGUUAGUGAAAACAUAUGUAGGUUCUUCGCUCGAAAAGUCGAAGUUCUCCUUGUAUUUCUCAGGUAGUUGCAUCCCUGUCAAUCCGAAGCUUUCUUACAAUUGGUAAGAAAUAUUAUAUUAUAUUUUCUUACAAUUGCUUCUAAUUGUUCCAUUCUGACGUUCUUAGGCUAUUUCCAACCUGCUCAAGGACAGUUUGGAUCGUAUGGUCCGAGAUGAAAGACUUGGUAAGUAACAAUAUUUUACAGAUUUUUAAAAAAUGCUUAAAAUCAUUAACGCAUGUUAUGCAAGAAGAAAUGAAUGAAGUAAUUAAAUGGCUAAACGUGAAUAAAUUAUCUAUGAAUACAACAAAAACUAAGUAUAUAAUUUUUAAAUCAAGAAAUAAAAAAUGCGACAUUGAAAUCGAUAUUAAACUUAAUGAUAACAUUAUACAACAGGCUUCUCGCAUCAAAUUUUUAGGUGUAAUUUUAGAUCGUGAAUUAACAUGGAAAAACCAUAUAAACUCGGUUGUUAAACAUAUAAUUAAAUCUACGGCACUUAUAGCAAAACUACGACAUUACACAAAUGAAAAUACACUUAAGUUGAUUUAUUAUGCAUUGGUUUAUCCAUGUCUUACUUAUGGGAAUCUAGUAUGGGGUAAAACGUACCCAACAAGGCUACAGAAAAUACUGAAUAUACAAAAAAAAAUUAUCAGAUUGAUAAGUUUUAAAUCGUAUCUUGAACACACUGAACCAUUGUUUCAGAACUUAAAGAUCUUGAAUAUCUUUAAGAUCAAUGACUAUUUAAGUUGUUUAUUUAUGUACCGGUUUAAACGUCUACAAAAUGUACCUGAAUUUUUUAAUGGCUACUUCGCACAGAACAAUGAAGUGCAUCAUUACAAUACUCGAAAUGCUAACAAAUUUCAUGUAUAAAUUUUAGUAGAACAAAUUAUGCAAAACACACUAUUGUUAACAAGGGAGUUAAGAUAUGGAAUUCACUAUAGAUAAAGAAAUUAGCAGUAUUAUGUUUUAUUGUACUUUUAAGAAAAAGUCAAAAAUAUUUUUCUUGUAAAAUAUACUUAAUUGUUAUUAUCUGUAAACUUUGUUCAAUUAGCUCAUUAUUACUUUUACUUUAAAAUUUUCCUUACUUUAUACUUGUAUUUGUAAAUAUUCCUAUAUUCUUUCGACAUUAUAUGAUUAACUUACCGUAUAAAACAAUUGUAAAAAUAUUGUAGAACUAGGGGCCUUUGAACAAAAAGCCUGAAAGGGUUUCAUGAAGGCUCCUAGCCCGUCAUAUUGUAUACUUUGAAGAUUGUAAAUGUCAACUUUUCCAUAAGGGCAAAUAAAAUGAAAUUCAAAUAACAGAUAGCCCGUUCGCUGUGACCCCGAAAAGUGCCCACAAUACGAUUUUCGUUUCCCAUGUCUUCGAAUUGGAAUAUUUUUACGGGAACUAACACUUUCGAACCCGCUGAGAUCAAAUCCGAAACGUUCCCGCUCCGUAGACCCGCAGUUUUUUCACAAACUGCCAUUUUAUCUUCACUAAUUUCACAACAAAUUCUAUCAUUAUUCAACGACACGGAUGAUGGAUGAAGACAUACGAUUGCAUAACUCAAAAUGACUAAUUCUUAUAAACCAGUCUCUUCAUUUAACAAAAGACCGUUUUGCUCGGAUCAUUUUGAGUUAGGUAAUCUUAUAAGCGCGUUGGACGUAAACAACAUAUCUUGUCUACAACUUUUGGAAGGUACCGACAUCGCUUUCUAAAAUGCUCAGUUGUGGCUCUAACUCUAUAAAAUCACCUUAAAUGCGAACAAAAUAUUUUAUACAACGAUGUAAAACGGUAAUCUUAUGUAAUGGGUCAGCAUUUAAAUUUCCAACACAGUUUCCGAGACAUAAUUCAAGAGGUAACUUAUCAUUGCAUUUGAACUAUUAUAUCAGUUGGCGUUAUUCUGUGCGGUUAGCGAAUAUUAUUGGAAAGAGGGCUUCCAUAUACGUUGAAAUCACCAAAUAAACAGCUCAUGCACACAUUUCUCCACUUCGUCGUAAAUUUACAGAGCAGAUUUUAUUACUUUGGAACUGGUCUUUGUCUUUGAUGUGAACAUUUAUUUCUUCUUCUAGUUUAAGGUUAUUUAAGAUUGAUCCUGUCGUAAGUCUUCUACCAGCAACCAAUCGACAAUAUUUCAUUUUAGCAUUGUCUUUGCCGUUACGUUGGCUUCGCGUUACUUUUGUUUUGAAUAUUUUGAUCGCGUUAAAAGAGUUGUUUUUCAGACCAGUGACAUAGCCAAAAGACUUAGCAUUAAUGUCCUUGUGAUUUUAUAGAGAUAUCGCUAGAACUGAGGAUUUUAGAAAGCGUUUUCUGGAGCUUAUCGAAGUUGUAGACAAGAUAUGUUGUUUACGUGCAACGUUAAGAUUACAGAACUCAAAAUGAUUCGAGCAAAACCGUCUUGUGUUAAAAGGAAGACUGGUUAAUUGAAAUUGGUCCUUUUGAGUGAAACAAUCGUGUACCGUCAUCGAUCCGUAUCCAUAUCAUUGAACAAUGAAAACAUUUGUCGUGAAAUUAGUGAAGAUAAAAUAGCAGUUUGUGAGAAAGCUGCGCGUCUACGGAGCGGGAACCUUUCCGAUUUAAACUCGGCGUGCUUGAAAGUGUUAGUUCCCGUAAAAAUAUUUUAGUUCCAAGACAGGCUAAGAAAGUGAACGAUAUAGAGACGCAGCAAACGGCCUAAGAGGUGUGUGGUAUCUUAUUUUGAUACCUCAUCCACUCACAUGCAAGGACAGUCAUUGCAAAAUCCCGAUCUUCUGUGCCCGAAUAUUCACGUUCAUAAGUGGGACAUUUGAAUCGUAUUUAAUUAACGACCUCAUGUGCGUAAUUUCAAAGAAAACAUAGGGAAAGUUGUACAGAGGGCGUGGUUUGGGCGUGUCUAGAACAUAGCUGUCUGAAAUCUAGACUCGAUCUAACUCCCCUAUUGAACUCUCCGAUUUAACUCCCAGGGACAACUUUCCUUUAAUCGUACCCGAUAAUGAAUAUUUGAGUUCAAGAAAUUCGGGAAAAUUAAUAACAAUUUUAAUAUGAAAAGGAAUAAAGAAUGGUGAAUAAUUAAUUAAUACUUACUAAAAGAUGACGAUGAUUGAUUAACAUUAGAAUACCUUAGAAAUAAUGAACAAGUGGGUCACGAUUAUUCCCAUUCCAUACCCAAAAAGUUGCAAAACAGUGUUAGCUUCCCUGCUGACCGCAGAAGUCUCUAUUUGUGCAGGAAAGCGAAGGAGAAGAGACCUCUGUUGGAUUUGACACGUUUUCUAUCGCGCAUGUACAAAAAUUGCCAUGACAACGAGUGAUGUUGACCACGUGAUAUUAAACCGGUUUUUGCGGGAGCAACUUGGUAAAUCAAAGAUUAAAGUGCCUAUAUCACUUGUGGGAUAUUUACGGAUUUGGAAAGAGCACAAAAAGUUAGUUUGUAAGUAUUUCAACCAUGACAAUUUUCAAACAUGACAAUUUUCAAAAAAAUCCGUCUUGCUUGGGGGCCUGGGACUCAGGAACGCGAGCGUAAACAAACACUAUAGAAUUGUAUUAUAUUUUGACGCUGUAACUUACUAAAGUGAGAAUUUUUGCAAGAAAAGUCGGUUUAUUAAGCUCAAAGUCGUUCUCUGGUACUGAAAAAAGUUCCUACGAUUGCGCUGAAUAUAAAACUGAAGGUGAAACGUACACAACCACUUCAAAAUCAAAUUUGAAAGUGCUCCUUCGUAGAUGGCAUCUAGCUUCGUCGAGCAUGAAAAUGUUGGCAUUUAAAGCUACACUGACGAAAUAGGGGCCAAAGAAUACGUUUGAAAGUUGGAAGAAUAUAACAAGGAAAUAAGGAAAUUCAUUUUCACAUGAAACGGACCUUACAUGUACAGUAUAUCGUGAUAGUUCUUCGUAUUAAAGUGAAUAAUAUAUUUCCUAUAUGUAAAUGUUUUGCCAUUUUCUAUAUGUAAAUGUAUUUGCCAUUUGCAAUUUAAUACCAUAUUUUGGGUUGUCUUUGAGUAAUUAUGUUUUGCAACUUGAAUUAUUGGGAUAUAAAAAUUAAGUAAAGGAGGAGCUUUUUCGAUUCUAUUUUGUACUGUUGAAAAUCACAAUACAUUUCAUGAUUCAAUGAUUGUAUUAGCUUUAUUGCUGUAAUAGACCAAUAUAUAAAUACUUGGCUUGAAUUUAUGGCUUUGCUGUUAUUAAAUGUUAAAGCUCCCAACAUUCCAACCCUUGCCAAACAACCUGAACUUGUGAGGGUUGGAGCCAUGAUGACAUCUGCAAGGUCCAGGCCAUUUUAUGUGUGCCUGGUUUGCAGGGCUGACCCGGUUUGAAAGGUCUUGUACAGAUGAAAAUUAUUCAGUGGAAAUUUUUAUACAUUUAUUAAAUAUCCUUCUAUACAAGACCCUUCAACUAUUAUUGAAUUGAGUGAGAAGCCAGGUUCCCGGGAGCACAACCUGGAGACAAAAAUUUCCUUUAUUAGUAUUAGAGUAUUUUUGUGCUAAAUCUGCAUGUGCAUAAACAUAUAGUGUUCUAGCUGACCAUGGUUUUAAAUUCAAGGAAUAAUGUCUGUCAACCAUAUGUUGUUGCACCCAUAGUGGGAUAUGGGUGUUAAGGUUUCCUUCAAAUGUUAAUCAAUAGCAAAUCUUUAUUCAAACAAAUUUCCUGCAGCUGUUUAACAUUUACUGCGCAUGAGCAGUGCUCACCUAUUUUUUCCACCCCUGUAUAUAUUGGUUACUGCAAGCGCUGCACCGGAAUUGCAGGGCAGGUUGGAUUUCUUCCAGCGAUCAGCAGUUGCAUUUCGAUAUUCAGUUCUUUUUUUCAUGACUUUGACUCCUUUGUCUGUUGAUUUUUUUUUUAAAUAAACUAAGAUAUUAUUUGUGCACUAUGUGUGCUGUAACUUUAUUAAAUGCAAGUUAAUAACAAAAAAAUCAAGCAUGCAUUAAUUAAAGUUGGACUAUUAAUGCCAAACAGAAUUUUUGGUUUGUGUGAUAUUUGGGUCAAAAUUCUAAUAAGAAAUGUAAUGUAUCUUUAUAGUAAAAAUUCACCUAAUGACAUCAUAUCUGCAUGGAAAUUUUGACAGUGAAAAGGUCAAUGAAGAAGGGAUUUUUUAUUAUAGAGAUAACAUUUCUUCGAACGAAUGACACAUAUAUUGCACAUACCAAAAAUCAUAUUUGUGGUUAGUCGUGCUUUAAAAUUAUAUUUCUUAUUUCUCAUUUUCCAAAUAUUCAUAUCCUUUGAAGUCAUCAUCGAACACAAUGGUAUUAUUUCAUCUUUUUUACAACCAUGAGCUAAUCUGGUGAAUCACGUGUAUGCCACUGAUAUAAAGACCUAAAAGUAGAGAUAUAAUUAUACCUUAGACUUUAAUAAUGUAUUCUUUAAUCAAGUAAAGAUGAGGCAAACCAGUGAUCUGUUAUACAGCUUAUUCAAGAGUCACGACACAGUAAUCAGUGCAGCUCAAGCUUUGCCUUGACAUUAGCAAGGUGCAUUAACCUAUUCCUAUAAUAAACAGAAACUUUGCAUGGUCCUAUUAAACUGAAUAUGUCCAAAGUUUAUAAAAAUAUUAAGUUAAGACUCAAAAAUUACUUCUCCUUGGAAUCCGCUUAUACCACAUGUUUGUGCAAUAAAGCUUUUCGAAUGAUCAGACCAAAAUCAUUAUUGAGGCAAAAAAAAUAAAAUCCUGAUAUUUUGUGAAUGGCAAAUCAAACCGGUUAUCCCUUGUCUAUAUCAAAUUUUAUAGUGUUUUUCAAUAGCUAAGCUAUAAUAGUAUUGAAUCUAAAAUACACAAUUUUUCGUUUGUUUACUUGCAGUCGCAGAAUAUUAAUUGCCAAAUGAGUCGACUAUCACACGAUAUUUACAAAUGGAAAAUAUUCGAUUCACUUACCGAGAACUAACACGAUUAUGCCCGUUCCAUCUAUUCUUCUAGCUUUCAAAACAUAUUCUUCAGUGUAUGCCAACUCUUUCAUGCUCGACAAUUAUGCAGCCAAUGCUUGACGACAUUUAGGAAGGCUCACUUUCAAAUUUGAUUUGAAGUCGUUUUGUGCGUUUCACCACGAUUUUAUAUUUCGCGCAAUCGUAUAUGAACUUUUGUCAGUACUGGAAGACGAUUUUGAGCUAAAUAAACCGAGUUUUCUUGCCAAAAUUAUCAUUUUAGUAAGUUAUAGCGGCAAUUUGUAAUAUAAUUUAUAGUGUUUGUUUAGGCUCGCGUUCCUGAGUCCCAGGCCCCCAAGCAAAAUUUAGUACGCCGGACUUUUUCCCAAAAAUGUCAAAAUUGCCAUGUUUGAGGGCCUAUAUCUCAGAAACUAUUGACCUAAAUCAAGGUUGAAGAACUUGUUAAAUAACUUUUCGCGCUCUUUUCAAAUCCGUAAAGAUCCCACAAGUGAUAUAGGCACUUUAACGGUAUCCAGUAUGAAGGCAAACAAAUGUAUCUAGGCCCGAUAAAACAGAAAAUAUUUCUUUCUUUUGUUCUUCCGUCACUACUUUCACAAUUUCAUCUUUGAAAAUAUCAAUUACAUAACUUAGAGCACUUUCAAACAACAUGACAAAGGUCGAAAUGACCACGGUGGGCAUGCAAGCCACCAUUUUUAUACCACGGGCUCAAUGGCACUUCAGCGUAAUUCAGCUCUGAGCAUGUGUACUAUUUGUUUCGCUAAACCGGUUUCAGAACUUAUUUUACAAACUGGUUUGACUCGUCCAUGAUCAUGGACUGAGGAAGUGUCAGAUCUAGGCAGAGGUCUCUUCUCCUUCGCUUUCCUUUACAAAUAGAGACCUCUGUCAGCAGGGAAAGUGUCAGCUCGUGUCAGAUUUUACCGAACAAGCUAAUAUAUUCAAAACAGCUUGCAACACCCAUUCUUAGAAAUGGGUUUUAAUACGCCGUUCUAUUCUGUGAUCCUACCAACUUCUGGAAUAGAUGAAUAUGCAUAUCCUUAUAAGCUUAAGGAUUAAAACCUUCCUCAUAACAUUCAGACAUCCUUAAAUCACCAGAAAUAUGGCACAAUUUGCCACACAAAGUAUAGUUGCAAUUAACACUGCAAAACUGAAAAUCCUUGGAUUUCUCUGUCGAAUUUGCAAUAAUUGGCAAUAUUUAAACUUCUUCAAUCUACAGGCAAUAAUCGUUUGAUGAGGUUGCUGCAUGAACUGGAUGGCCCAAACUAUGAGUCCAUAACCGAACUCGAUUCAAUGUGUCCAGCACUAUGGCGAUACCGCAAAAAAAUCACGAUAGAGUAUUUCUCGUUCAAGUUUCAAGAGUAUUCACAAGGAUGCGAUAAGCCCGACAGAUGUGAAGUUCUGGCAGAAUUCCUGAAAAAGGUAUGCAAGAAAUGCCAUCAUACUCCGGAUGAAUAUGAGGGAUAAUUACCUUUGCAUGUUAAAGGGGAACUCCAGUCCCAAAACAGGUUGAGCUUAAAUAAAAGAUCCUAUGUUCAUUAGAGUGUUCCUAAAUUAUUUCUGUUCAAAUAUAAAGAGAAAUUUGUCAUUUUGUUGUUUUCCGUGCAGACGUGGUUUUUACAGCGCCCUCACUUGUGACGUCAUUGAGUGCUUCCGACCUGCUUGAUUGCGUUAAACUAUUGUUUUUAAACACAGGUCAGAAGCACUCAUGCAAUGACGUCACAAACCUUGUUAUUAUUACCUAAAUGUUCUACGUUUUGGGCGUGCCCUGUUGUCAAGAUUUAAUGUCUCAAAUUUUUCACAGCAUUUAACUUGUAACAUAUUUAAUUAUACAGACUGUAACACUUUUAAGCGGAAUUCUUUAAGAAAAAAUAACUACGUCAUGAUCAUGAUCCCGUCAUUUUUCUUGUUUAAAAUUUUAUUUUGUUGUUGUUGUUGUUGUUGUUGUUGUUGUUGUUGUUGUUGCACAAAAAAGGCAAUAAAUAUUUCAAUAUAUUUGAAAUUGAAUGUUUUAUUCUCCUACAGUAGUGACCAUACGGAAAUCGUAAAAAUACGUAGCUAUCUUUGUCUCAGAGAAUAAAUUUUGACCACAAUAUAUUUCUAUUGAGAAAUACUACCAUCUCAACGAACAAUUAUUUAAAUUUUAUUUUAUAUACUUCUAUAGGAGCACCAUCUCCGUGCGUUGCAAUAUCUUCCAGAUAUUAUCAAACUACAGCGUCUGCUUUCCGAGAAAUUUCAUCGCCGUUUGGAUCGAAAUGAAGCGGAGGAAUUUACUCUGGCAAAAUUCUUGAAAACAGGUAUUCUAUAAAUUAGCUUUUACCUAAUUUAAAUAUGUUAAACAUAUGAAAUUCUAGCAAAAGACUUGUAAUAGAGAUAUGUAAGCCAGUCAGUCAAUUCAUGUAAUGUCUGCUACCUAAAUUAUGCUUUCUUUAUCGGAAUAUAAUUGCAAUUGAAUCAUAACUGUACGCAGCUGAAACUGGAAAAUUUAGAAAAUAGUUUAUUGAAAUAUGUAUAGGUUAUUUUGAGGCAACGAGGGGAUAUGUGAUUUAUUCACCAAGGCGCGCAGCGCCGAGGUGAACAAACACAUAUCCCCGAGGUGCCUCAAAAUAACGUACUUAUUUUUCACACUGCGAGGUCGCGUUAAUGAGUCAGAAUAAAAUAAUUCUUAAUGCCAUAUUGCCUUCGUUGUGUUGUUGUUUUUCUCAUUUUUUGUGCUGCAAAGACAUUGCAGGUGAAUAUUAGAGGGGAUUAUUAACUGCAGGUGAAUAUUAGAGGGGAUUAUUAACUGCAGGUGAAUAUUAGAGGGGAUUAUUAAACGGAAAUUGAUUAGAGGGGAAUAUUGAAUAUAUUCCCCGAUAAGAACAAAGGAAACCGAGCAGAGUGAAAAAUAAGCAACUUUACUCAUCAUCAGCGGCGAUGGAAGUAUCGACCCUGGAAGAAUUGACAAUUUUAUACCAGCAUAUAAUUAAAUUGAGAUAUUUUUUUGUUAUUUGGAAUCAACUAUGCGAAAGGUAACUGUUGUUCGAGCCACCUUGUUAUGUUCAUGCACAAAUGAUCACUAAAUACUUUAGUAUGUGUAUUUUAAAUCGUCCAGUCUGAGCUACGUGUUAUGGUUUUACUGCGAUUUAGUCCAAACACAGAACGCGGCUUUGCAAGUGUACAUGUGAGGCAUUUUACCCAUGAACAAACGUUGAAUAAGGAAUCGCCAUUCAAUGAAACAAAUGUUUGAAAAUAUUCAAUACUUAAAUACAUUUUGUCUAAGUGAUCCACCAUUGCCGUGGGUCUCGCCAAAGGACCAGUUUCGUUUUCAUGUUAAAGUUUAUUACAUGUUUCACGCAAAGGCGAGCUUGGUUUGUUGCCGAAACGCACGACCCUCGCUUCCCUGUUGCUCAAACCUUGUUUGUCGAUCGCCAUUUUUCUGUUUACUGUGUCGCCUGUUAGUGUCGUCGUUUUGUGACAUGGCUCCGCAAUCGUGUAUAUUUUACUGGAAUUUCUACCAAAUUUGCAUAUUUAAAAAAUUUUUUUAGCUCUUCAAGUAAAAGAACAAUUUAGUGCUUUGAUCAACAGCUUCAAAAUGGCGUGGAAAAUUGUCCGAUCGUCCCUUACCCAAAAUGGUAAGUAUUGUUUUUUUUCUAUAUUCCAAAACGCAUUAAUUCAGGAGGGCUUUUGGUUUUGGAAGACUACCUAUUUUAUCCAAUGAAUAAACAAGCUUCUACAAUUGCUGGUAUUUAGCAGGAUUGACUCAUUACCCAAUUAAAACUAUGGAUGCCUCAGAUUCCUUCUAAUUUCACACUUUUGUAGCAGUAUACGACAACUAAUUUAUGGUUUUAAUUUUUUAUAUUUUAGGCCCAUAUUCCAUUUCCCAGGAAAUGUGCCAAAUAGAAGUGACAAAUACAACACCAAUUUCCAUGUUUUUGCCUGCUAUUACAGGGCAGGGAAGAUGCGCUUUGGCUUUGAACAAUUUUCUCGUGACUUUACAUAAUGAUUUUAUUGGCCGCUGUAAGAGCUUACUGAAGGAUGAAAGUCGGUAUGUGUAAUAGUAUAGAUGGAUUUUGUCUUGAAAGGAAGCACUUCAGCAUCAUCUAUUUCAUCUUGAUUGAUUUUUAAACAAAAGGAUACUACCUACUCUUUAUUGCUGCUUGUAUGUUGCAUCAAUAGAAACAAUUUUUUCCGUGUUAACAUCUGGGGCUAUAGAAACACUCGCGGAUGUUUGGAAGGAUUCGAAAUUGCAUGGAAACACUCGCCCUUCGAUCUCGUCUUCCUACUGAUCAAUUUCAACGUUCACGUGUGUUUCUAUAACUCGAUGGAAAAACGACAAAUGUUUUCUGUUUCUCAGGUACAAAUAUAAUUACGAUUACUAACCUAUAUUGAAGAGAAGAAUAACUGGAGGAAGAUGCCGCCGCCCAAUUGGACAUUGUAGCGUCAUGUGCAAAUGAAGAACACUUGGACUUCAAAGAGUGUUGCUACCAUAGAUAUUGGUCUCAUAUCUAUGGUCGCUACAUUAGAAAGACAUAAUUUAAAUUUCUAUUUUAUUUUCUAGUCCGCCAGAAAUAUCGCUGGCCAGCAUAACAAAGGCUCAUCUUGUGGCAUAUGAUCCAGAAAAGGAUUUCUUACCGAUGGUCCUCGUACACUGUGAUUAUUCUCUUAGAGUCGGUGAGGGAACUACAGUAGAGUUUAACUGGAAGUGUUUGGAAAGACAGCUGGUGGACAGAUUUAUUAGAGGAAGACCUAGACUAAUGUCUUUGGUAAAUACUAAUAGUGAACAUAGAAUUGGAAUUUAGAAGCAGGGUGUAUAAAAUUCAUUGAAAAAUAGUAGAUUUGGACAAAAAUAAAUAAUAAAUUAUUUAUGUUUAUGCAUUAAUUUAACACUUGUCGAUUCAACUUCUCACUAAUCAGCUAAUUUAAAAAAUCAAGACAAUUAAAAGACGGUUAUUAAGAACCAGGUAUUACCAAAACAGCGGAUGCUUCCUCUCGCCCGAAAAAUCGUAUCAUGUUUCCGCAUCAAAACAUUGCAGACUGCGAUCACCUUCCUAAUGCCGUGAAAUUGACAUCUUGGGAAUGGCGAUGUCUGAUUGGUAGAUGAGAAAUUUUGCUGAGAUAUACUAGUUUGACAUUUUAGCAUUCCUGAAUAUUUUGACAAAAAGAAACAUGACUCGGUUUUUUCCUGUCAGAGCGAGGAUGCAUCUGUGGUUUUGGUGAUUACUACAAUUUUCCAUCUAUUUUUUCAUUUUACUUAUUAAUUUUACACUUUAUAGUAUGAUAACACAAAAUUCCAGGCAUAUUUUAAAACUUCCCGUAAAUAUACCGCACUAUGUUUUAGCCCGCUGGGCUUUUCAUUUACAAAAUAUCAUCUUAAGGUAAUUCCGCAGUUUUGCAUUGCGCACUUUUACUGCGCACAUCUUAUAACUUAUAAUUCCAUCCAUUAUACGUACCGUUUAAAACAAAAUAUCAUUUUAUGACAAUUUUAUGUUACUUCAAAACAUCUUUGGUUACAUUCGUGCAAAGAAUUACGUUAAAAUCAAUGUUUUCAAAAAAGGCAAACAAAAGUGUAGCUAGGGUUCCCUGUGUCUGUAGUAUAUUUAUUUACUUGUAUUUCACGUUUUAAUGCCACAAUUCCCUAAAAAGAUCGGUGACCCCCAAAAGAAAAAUCAUUUCUGGAUCUUGAAAAAAAAUGCUUUAUCAAUGCAUGUUCUCAAAGAAAGAUAUGUAAAGAAAUGUGCAAACGACAUUUGUGGAUCAGAAUUGUACACGUUAGUAGUUUUAUUUUGCUCAAAACACAACAUUUUUUCAAAAAUAAUUACAAAAUAGAUUUACUAAAGCAAAAUCAGCGCUAAAAACGUCAAUAAAUAUUGGGCUGUUGUGAGUUUGCUGUUACUAGUAAUGAGCGUCAAGAUGGCUCCAUAUUAGGGUAAAGGUGGUAUAUUGUUAUUGUCAUAUCUUCUUAACGAGUUCGGUUACCCCGACUUUUUUUGUGAUUUUACUUUAAGUAUAUCAUAAACUCCAUGCCUGAGAAGUUUCAGCACAUUCUCAUUUCGGGAACAAUUACUGCGGAAUUACCUUAAUAAUACGUUGUUUUUCUAUGCUUUUCUUAGGUCGAAUUGUUUGUGUUUAGUAAGGAUAUUUGUGACGGAGAAGUAUUUAAAGUCUUAAAACAGAAGAUACGGCAGGUAUAUUGAAGUCAUUGUAAAAUUUAUAAAAACAUUGUACUGUAGCUGAAAAAUAGCAUGUGCGUUCUUGUGUAUUUAUUUUCUGACUAAACAUUUAGUCAAAGACAAAUAAUGUUAAGCAAGUCGGUUAAGUUAGUUUCAUAUUUAUUCUGACACCACAGAGAACAACGAAAACUCGUUGUCUCGAGAGGGAAUUUUACUCCCGUCUUUGGGUUUAUAGGGGAUCAAUUUUGUUCGUGUGUCCUCCCCAGUAUUUUUACAAUCCAUAUGUACCCGCUAAUUGUACUCAGCGUUUACACACAUGUGGGCACUCCUGAAUACUAUUUUCUUUGCUCCCUUGCUGGUCCAUGACUACUUCACCAACAAAAAGAAGAUAAAAGGUUCUAACGCCAAGUUAGUUUUCUACAAAGCAAGCCAAGGCAACGUUCUUCAGAAAUGCUACAUUGAAGGACAUUGCUAAAUUAGCCUAAAUUAGUUUUCAGUGACUGUCAACAAGCUGGUAGAUUUGUUACUCUGCCCAGAAGCAUGGCCAGAAAUUACGGACAUUAGUAAGGCAGUAGAGUAAUGUCUAGAAAACAUUUCUGAUGGAAUUUUUCGUGUGAGAAGAAAACUGUAGUAGUAUUGACACAUGCUUCUCAUAAUUAAGCACUGACCGAUCAGAGGUCUUUUAUUACCGGCGAAAAUACAUAUGAUCUGAACAUCAUUGGCGAUACCAGGGGACAGGUUAUAGAAUUAAACAUAAUUCUUAAAAGUCCAUUAAUGUCGUUUUAGGAAGAACUAACUCGUCCCGUCCAAGAUCAAAUAUUGAAUGAACUCAUUCAACUGACCGAUGUUUGUGAUGCCCUUAAAUCACUCCAUAUUGCUAUUGGAUUUCUGUCUUCUGCUGGGGGAGAUCCGUCAAUGUCUAUCCGUGAAUACCUUCAUUCAGGGUUAAAGAUGACACGUACAAAUGGCUUAAAAAGCGGGAAGGUAAAUCUAUGAUUAAAAUAGUAUAGAAGUAUAACUCUUCAAUCUUUAAGCGUUUUCAUCUUUAAUUGGACAAAUUUUUAGCGUACAUCAGUGGUUGUUUACCUUAUCUUGAAACUAAAAAGAAGUCCCUUUCUGCAAAAUUUUCUUGCUUAAUUUCCAACGUUGUAGUUAAAUCUAAGAUAAAUUUUGAACAAGCCCAGAUUGCAACGUCAUUUUCUCUAAGAUUGCGUGAAACCAACCGUCUGUGGGAACCAAAAUAACUCGGAGGGUGAUACCUCUAUUAAGGGUUAUCCUUCCGCUAAUAGUUGUUAAAUAACCGGUAGUUAAUUAUAAUAAUAAACGUUAAUUCAAUUUUGUUUUGUACUGAACGACUGUGCCUAUAUUUUUGUUUGGAAUUAGUUGUUGUAACUUGUGUAUUAAAUUUAAUUAGUGUUAAACUAAUUUUUAUACAGAUUAUUUGAAAUAGAGUUUUAAGAUGCCCCUAGAUGAGCCUUUUAUUGAGCUCUUGGGCAAUUGUUAUAUCUUCUUGAAUGAUAUUAAAAUAUGUUUAUACUAACUUCUGAUGUUUCUACUGAUGAGAAUAUAAAUUUUCUUCUUUUAGGCUGAGCAGUUUUGUGAACUGCAACAUAUUGUAUCACUAUGGUUGUUGUUAUCUUUAGAAAGAGCAAGAGUAUUGACAAAGCGUAAACAGGUUUGUAUUAUAAAAAUGAUACAACUUCAGAAAUUUAUAAUUUUUUAUGACUAGCGCACUUUUUCAAAAGCUAGCACACUUGCCGUGUACGUACUUGUCAUAGUAGCCUAGACGAGCAAAUAAAACUUGUCAUAUGAGAACUUGUCAUACAGAAAACUUGCUCGGUUGUAACUUCCACGUUUCGAUCCACUUGUCACAUGCCGUACGAGUUACAGCAUAUUUCCGAAUGAAGGAUGGCGUAUCUUGGUAAAGACUACCAAUUAUGUUUUACGAGUUACGGGCUGUUUAUAUGAGCUGGACUGGCCGGUAAAUCGGGGGGAUUCGCGAAUGCUGAUAUCCCACCUUAUAAUUUUUCUUUGUUUUUGAGUUUUAUGCCGCUAACGAAAUGGCUUCAGCAGCUUUGAAAAGAGUUAAUAAAAUAUUUCUGUAGAACAGUUCAAAGUGAUUUGUUUCAGACUUACAAAUGUUUAAUUAUGCCAUACAAUCUAUAAGCAGUAGACUUGUUCCAAAUUGUCAAGAAUAGUAGAACUCUGAAAUUGGCGUCGAAACAGAAAACUUUCACCUGAUGACCAUGUGAGUUAGGACAAACUUCACCCAUUGUUGUUGCAUGCCUUAUAUGGCAUGCAUAUAAUAUUGAUUCCCUUUUAGUAUGAUAUUGAAUUUUUUAAAUAAAAAAGAAAGCAAAGUUAUUUGCAAGCGAGAAUUUGAAAUCAUUUUAUUGCAAACUCAAAGUUUAUCGAUAAAGCCAUUUUAAAAGGCAGUUUAGUUUUAUAAAGAACAUUAUAAUAUAAGUGUGAUAUAACAGACGAUUUGAUUGGCUAAUGCGCGUGCAUUGUGACGCAAUAAUGCACUGUGAUCUGUGCAUGGCCACUGCCGUGCCCUUUCUCGGGGUUUUUUCCCUCUUCAUCACUGCUUUUUAGUCAAAAAUAUAAACAAAACUAUCGAGCUUUUAAAACACAAAACAUUCCCCGCGUGCAUUAUUACACCAUAAACGCACGCGACUCGUUUGCUAUUUCUUAACUAGUGACUUUAAAACGUUGGGAAAUUAAUAAUUUUGUAAUUAAAAGUGAUAUUUUUAGGCGAUUUUUCAUUUGUAAGAAUAUUCUUAAAAAAAUUAUCGUGUUACUAUGACAACUACUUUAGAUACCUCAUGUUUGGAAAAUACAAUGGUUUUGUCAGCAAGGCGAGGGUUUCUGCAUGCAUGUAUUUUCUAGUAAAAAAAAUAAUGCCUAAAUAAACUACUGGUGGGCUUACUUGUUUACUAGAAAAUACUGUUGGGCUUACUUGUUUACUGUGUCAUUUUCUUCACUUUUGUCGAUUUUCACGCCAUUUCGUUGAACACGUCCUAUGUUGUAUAUCGUCUAAUAUUACCUUUUACUAAGUAUACAAAGGUGGGCUGCAGUGUAUAUGUUUAUUCAAUCUUCCCAACAUGUAAAAUCCUUUCCCUCGCUUUUCCUUGAAGAAUUUGAACAACUCAAUGUAAACAAAAUUACUUUCUCUGCACUCGUGAGUGGAUCUACCGUGGAACCAAACCGUUAAAAUUUUAAUUUUUAAAACUUCGUAACCGCACCUCUCGUUAAACUAUUUCUCCUCAACCCUCCUGAAUUAUUAAUUGCACGGCCACGGUUUUCGUCGAGGAAACGCAAAGAAAAUAUUGAUUGUUCGCCGAAAAUUUACAUAAUUGAGCGCCUCAGAAAAAUAUAUCGAGGUAGGUAAAGCGCUGUUCUUAAUUUACGUUAUAUUCCGUUAUCUGUUGUGAUUUUGGAGCAGUUGUGCUUGCACUGAUUAUUUAUCAGGCGUUAUUUAUAUAUCGGGAAAGGCGAAGGUUAUCAUACUCAGAGUAACAUCACAAACAUCAUAUUCACCUGAGUACACAACACCAACACAGAAAAAAUCAUAUUACUAGAUUACACUGCUAUCGAAGGAACUAGAUUCUGUUCCGAAAUAUCACUUACUCAAACCGUCCUGACCACGUAGCUCAGUUGGCAGAGCAUUGGGCUAGUAUUCCAAAGGUCGUAGGUUCGAUUCCCACCGCGGCCGGGCAUGUUUUUCGAGCUCGCCCGAUGUGGAUAUACACUCAGAGUAACAUCACAAAUAUCAUAUUCACCUCAGUACACAACACCAACACAGAAAAAAUUAAUAGAGGCAGUUUAGUUUUAUAAAGAACAUUUUAAAACGUUUUUGCCAAGUCUUUGCGGUUGAAUUUUAUCUUAAAUUGAAGCUUAUAUUACGUAUAAUAGCAUACCUAACAUGUAUAUGUUGGGAAAUUGAUAAUUUUGUAAUUAAAAGUGAUAUUUUAGGCUAUUUUUCAUUUGUAAGAAUAUUCUUAAAAAAUUAUCGUGUUACCAUGACAACUACUUUAGAUACUUCAUGUUCGGAAAAUACAAUGGUCUUGUCAGUAAGAAGAGGGUUUCUGCAUGCAUGUAUUUUCUAGUAAAUUUGUAAAGGAAACCUACAUGUAAACAGUCAAUCAGUAAUUGAACCUUGACAGUCGCUCAUAAAGAAAACAUUGUCUAUUCACGUGAGAAUCUUAAGCUUUCUUAUUUUGACAUGAAACUAUUUUUCAAUAAAUAUAUUGACAUUAAACUUAUUGAAUCAAUAUUUUAAGUUUCAAGCCAGUUGUGCCAAAAGUUAUAAGCGCUUGCGCAUCAUAUAUAGAGGUUUGAGAUGGCAUGCAACAUGUACGCACUAAUUGCGGGAACCACUCAGUAUUUUAAGAAAAUACAAAAUAACAGUAACUCCGAAUAACAUUUUGAUUUUUAAUCGACGUUUCGACUAGUUUGUAGUCAUCCUCAGGAUUAAUAAUAGUGUAAAAUUACAGAUGCAGCUAUUAUAAAGCCAGAAAGGCGGAGCUUAAAUGCCAGUUAAUGAAAUAUGAGAAGUUCUUUGGAAGCUUUCGCACCGUAGUUGAGAUCAGGUUUUCGUCUGCGUAUAGCAAGAGACUCCUUGAAUAACAACAGAGACCAGUGGUCUGACCUAUCAAUUAUUUUACAAUUUCUAAAUAUUAGUUCUGUUAAAUUAGUGUUUAUAGUGUUAGUUGAGUCAGGUGAAAGUUCCAUAAGGGAUUUGAUGUGUUGAAAAUGUUCGCAGCAGUUGAUGUGGGCGUUGAUUUCCGAGUUUUCUCGUGUGCUAUGCUCUUUCAGAUGGGUGUAUAGACAGCGGUCUGUUUUACCAAUGUAGCUGCUUCGAUAACCCGGACAUGAAAAUUCGUAAACUACGGAGCUUUUGUAUUCAUCCGGUGUUUUGUCUUUACAGGACAGGAAACAAUUGGAGUUCGUAGUAUGCCAGUUUAAAAUAAAUUUACACGGACUCUUUAGUAAAAGGCGAGUUUUGUUUAUGAACUUUUUGGUCAAAAUGUUGCCAUAUUUGCCAAUAAAUGGGAGUCUUAUCCAUAUUUUGGGUAGAUUAUCUGGUGUUGCCCGUUCUGUAAGGUCGACGUGUGGGAUGUUAUUGCUUCCUUCCGGGUUUGGUGUAAAGGCAUCAAUUAAUUUCUUCCUUAAGUUGCGAGAGAAACCGUUCCAAGACAUGAAUUCUUGUAUAGCCUUGAGUUCUAACUUCAAUAAUUGAUCAUUGCUACAUAUCUUGUAUGCGCGGUUGAUUAGGGCUCUUAUCCAUGCUGUUUUGCGCGACCAAGGCGUGAAACUAGAAAUGUGCGUGUAUUGACCGGAGUGUGUAGACUUGCGAAAAAUAGUUAUGUCCGAGGAGUUUUAACUCAGAUUAAAAUCUUUAGGUCAAGAAAGUGUACGUUGUUAUCAGGGAAAUCUUCGAAUGUAAACUGGAUUUGAGGGUGAAAUUAAUUGAAGGCUCGUAGAAUGAUUGCAUGCAUGGGAUAUCAGACGGUUUUGCGAGAACUAGCGUAUCAUCAACAUAGCGGGCGUAAAAUUUGAUAACGUUCGAGUCAAUUAAUUGGCGUACAAUUUCAUCCUCGAAAGUUGUCAUGAUGAUGUUGGCAAGGGUAGGACCUAGUGGGGAACCCAUAGCUACGUCGUCGAUCUGUUUGAAAAGUUCGCCGUUCAUAUAGAAAAAGGGGUCUUGGUACAACAAUCAAGCAGUAGUUUCUUUAAUGUUCGUUUCUUUAGUGUGGUGUUGAUCUCUUUCUUGUUGUAAUAAGUAAUAAGUCAUUAUUAUUAUUAUUAUUAUUAGUUAACAGCAAUAAGUCAUUUAGAAAAGGAAAAUUUAUUUUAACCCAGCGGUUUAUUCAUUUUUAGGAUCCAUUUGAUGACGUAUCGGAUAAGGUGAAGUCUUCACUUGACAAGAAACAGAAGUAUUGUUUAAACAACGGAUUACAAAAGCUAAAUGUGGAUCAUUUUGUUCGUGUGUUGCUGGAAUUCAUUUUGCUUUACUUGAAACAUGUUUCUGAUGAUCAGUUAAACUUUUCGUAAGUUUACACAGAAGUUGUUUUAAUUGUAAAUCAACUAUAUAUACUGUUCGCGAAAAUAUAAAUGCACAAGUUAUUAUCAGAGUUAGACAGAACCACAUCAACUUUCGUAUUUUUUUAUAGAUAAAUUACAUCUAUAAAUUAUGAGUAAUAUUAAUUUCAGUUGAUCAUUUUGCUGUAUUGUUAAAAGGAAAGAAAUCUCAAUGUGUUAAUUCAUGGUCUGUUAAAUCCCUCGGGUCACGAGUCUGUUCAACAACCUAGGUCAGUAUUCGCACCAUUAAUAUAUAAUAUGCUUCAUUACUUUAGUUUAUCGGCGUACAUCAAUGCAAAACUAUUCGAAAAGGAUUGUGAUGUCAUUGAUGGUUUAGAGGAAUAUAUACCGAAGGACAUCAAAGUGGAACAUGCCGUGGAAGCUUGGAAAGUUGCUUGUAAGCGAAGAUUACCACUUAAGGAUGUGUUGCGUUAAAGCGAAGAUUACCACUUAAGGAUGCAGGAGUAAUUUGUGGGGAAUUUUAUCAUUUAUGAUUUUUAUAUGUCUUAAAAUUUAAAUCCGAUUAAACAAUCGUCGUGUCAGCGAGAAAUAUUACUUUUACGUAUAAUUUCAAAAUCUAAAAGAGACUAAUAGUACAAUUCGUAUUACAUUCUUUUUCAUUCAAUGUAUUUUGCAUGCAUAUAUUUUGGGGAAAUACAUUUUGGAUC